CUUCACUUCCGGGAGGCUGUCAGGGGCGGCUGCGCGUGUUGCCAUAGCGACCAUUUUACGUUAACUGGUUUGUAGGUUUCGUCCAGGUAGCAGGGCGAUUGCGGGGACCACUCUUUCUUCUCCCAUUCUGUCUCGGCCCCCUGCGGCCCAAGGGCCUUACGCAGGCUCCGGGAGUCUGGCCUAGGAUUCCGCGGCGCCCCCCGAGCGGGAUGGCUGCGGAAGAAGAUGAGGUGGAAUGGGUGGUGGAGAGCAUCGCUGGGUUCCUGCGAGGCCCGGACUGGUGCAUCCCCAUCUUGGACUUUGUGGAGCAGAAAUGUGAAGUUUUUGAUGAUGAAGAAGAAAGCAAAUUGACCUACACAGAGAUUCAUCAGGAAUACAAAGAACUAGUUGAAAAGCUGUUGGAAAGUUACCUCAAAGAAAUUGGAAUUAAUGAAGAUCAAUUUCAAGAAGCAUGCACUUCUCCUCUUGCAAAGACCCAUACAUCACAGGCCAUUUUGCAACCUGUGUUGGCAGCAGAAGACUUUACUAUCUUUAAAGCAAUGAUGGUCCAGAAAAACAUUGAAAUGCAGCUGCAAGCCAUUCGAAUAAUUCAAGAGAGAAAUGGUGUAUUACCUGACUGCUUAACAGAUGGUUCUGACAUGGUCCGUGACCUUGAACAGGAAGAGAUGAAAAUCCUGAGGGAAGUUCUUAGAAAAUCAAAAGAGGAAUAUGACCAGGAGGAAGAAAGGAAGAGAAAAAAGCAGUUAUCAGAGGCUGAUACAGAAGAGCCUCCAGUGCAUGCUAAUGAAACUGCAAAAAUGAAGAAUUCCCAAGAGGAUGGUGAACAUUUUGCACACCCACCCUCAGAAGUUAAAGUGCAUUUUGCUAAUCAGUCAGUACAACCUUUGGCAAGAAAGCUGGAAAUGCUGCCUGAAACUUCCUCCUUCCCACAAAAAGGCCUGAAGAUCCCUGGCUUAGAACAUGCAAGCAUUGAAGGACCAAUAGCAAAUUUAUCAACACUUGGAACAGAAGAGCUCCGACAACGAGAGCGCUACCUCAAGCAGAAGAGAGAUAAGUUGAUGUCCAUGAGAAAGGAUAUGAAGACUAAGCAGAUACAAAAUUCCGAGCAGAAAGGAAAAUCUGCUGGGCAGGCCGAGGAAAUGACAGAGAAACCAGAAAUGACAGCAGAGGAGAAGCAAACAUUACUAAAGAGGAGAUUGCUUGCAGAGAAACUUAAAGAAGAAGUUAUUAAUAAGUAACUUUAAAAACAAUUUAGCAAAACAGAAGUUCAAAUUUUCUUAAAAAUAAAUUAUUUAAUCCUUAAA